AUGCACUUCAUCAAUAAGAUCUCUGUCGCCCUGCUGGCCUCGCUGGCUGCCUCGGGUGAGGCUACCCACCAGGGUCUGCACGCCCGUCGCUUCAACCCCCGUGCUGUUAACGGCACCUCCUCGGUGCUGGUCACCCCGACUCCCGUCCACUCGUCCACCCCCUCCGUCUCGCCCUCGAGCAGCAGCGUGGUGGUGAGCUCCCCGGCCUCCAUCCCUCUGGGCACUGGCAGCCGUGGCUCGGGUGCUCAGCCCACUGGCUCGGGCGAUCUCACCCUCACCUACACCCUGGGCACGGGCACCUCGACCAGCGUGGUGACUACCACCGUCCACCGCACCACUACGGACUAUCACACCGUCACCGUUGAGCCUGUUCCCACUAGCUCCGGUGCCUGCAACGGCGCUACCGUGACCGUGACCGAGACCGUCACUGUGGGCGCUGGUCCCACCGAUGCCCCCGGCGACAACGGCCACCAUGGGCACCACUGGGGUGAGGAACAUCACCACCACCACCACGACCAUGACGGCGAGGGCGCGACUGCGACCAGCACCUCAACUGAGGUUCCCACCUCCACCCCGACCCCCUCGUUCUCGCGUCCCGCCCAUGGCAACGGCACCCUUCCCUCCUUCUCGCGCUCCAGUGUCGUGGCCUCGUCCACUGGCUUCGUGACCAGCAGCAGUGGCAAGGGCACCUACCCCACUGGCUUCCGUCGCCGCUACGUCUAA